GGUCUCUUCGGCAUGUGCGAGCGCUAUCAUGGUCAGGCUGACUGCUUGAAAAUGGAAUCUGAGUGCACGAAACAACUGAACGCUCCACUGCCGCAAAACUCUCGAAAAGCAUACAAAAUGUAUCAACAUGUUGCAAAAUGCGUUCUCGCUCAAGACCUGUGGAGUCGAUGCAUUAUCAAUAUCAAUGCUUAUCGUUGCGCCAAACUUCGAGACAAAUGCAAAAUAUUCGCUGGUGAAGGCCGAAUUUCGUUCGGUGCCAGAAAAUUGGAUAUUUUUAGUCCGAAAGUUUCGGAAUGCAUGUACAAUCAAGUAGAGUUUACAGUAGAACACUGA